GAUGUAAAGAAGCUGAUUCUGGGUUCACUUGGGCUUAUAAUAAUUCAGGGACCAAAUUGAACUUAAUCCCAAAAUUGAGGUGUUUUGAGUUUCUGUUAACAAGUGAACAGCAAGAAACUCCACGGAUACUCCGUCUCUUUUCUCUAAGCUCAUAGCCAUAAGCCAUGGGAGAACCAGGAAUGGAGUGGAACCUAUCUUCACCCUCAUCAUCAGACGGUGAAGAACAGCCAUCUCCAUUCCAAUCAUCAUCAUUCAACAGAGAGCACCACAUAGCAUACUUAGAGAUGAUGUAUCAAAUGCUGCCGAACUAUUACCAAUCACAAGAGAUCAACCGUCUUACUCUCGCUUACUUCACGAUCUCCGGUCUCCAUAUCCUUAACGCCCUCGAUCGAGUAGAUACAGAUGCAGUCGCUAGUUGGGUUUUAUCAUUUCAAGCUCACCCUGAAGAUAAAAGUCAAUUGAACAAUGGACAAUUCUAUGGGUUCCAAGGUUCUCGGUCCUCUCAGUUCCCUUUGGCCUGUAAUGGGGUGUCGGUCCACACUCUUAGUCAUUUGGCAAGCUCAUACUCUGCCCUAGCUAUACUAAAGAUUGUUGGCUAUAAUUUGUCAAAUCUCGAUUCUAAAUCAAUAUUGACAUCAAUGCGAAACCUGCAGCAACCUGAUGGCAGUUUUCUUCCCAUCCAUAUUGGGGCAGAGACAGAUCUUCGCUUCAUAUAUUGUGCAGCGGCCAUCUGUUUUAUGUUGGAGGAUUGGAGUGGUAUGGAUAAGGAGCAAGCCAAGGAGUACAUCGUAAGAUGCCAAUCGUAUGAUGGUGGAUUUGGGAUGGUUUCUGGCUCAGAGUCUCAUGGUGGUGGAACUUUCUGUGCUGUUGCAUCUCUUCGAUUAAUGGGUUUUAUUGACGAUGAUCUUCUGUCUAAAGAUGAGCCGCCUUCCAUCAUAGAUGUUCCACUACUGUUGGAGUGGUGCUUGAAGAGACAAGCAGCUGAUGGUGGGUUUCAAGGUAGACUAAACAAGCCUACUGACACAUGUUAUGCAUUUUGGGUUGGAGCGGUUUUGAGGAUUUUAGGAGGCUACAAGUUCAUUGAUGGGAAAGCUUUACGUGGAUUUUUGAUAACUUGUCAAUCCAAGUAUGGUGGUUUCAGUAAAUUCCCAGGUGAGCUUCCAGAUAUAUACCAUUCGUAUUAUGGAUACACAGCAUUCAGUCUUUUGGAAGAACCUGGCCUUAAUUCACUCUGCGUUGAACUCGGAAUAACAGAUGUUGCUGCCUUAGGAAUAUGAUUUGAUUUUAUCCCUCAUCUACGCUUUGUAAUUUCUUUUCGUUACUUUCAUGAUACUGGAACACCGACUCGGCAAUAGAUGGCUAUAGGUCUCAUUGAUCCAAGUUGCAACAAUUGUAUCUUUUCUCGUAUAGAUCGCCAGUAGUCAUGUAUGUAACCAUAUACGGCCUGUGCGUUUAACAUUUUUGUACCUGCCACUUUCUUGAUGUUGGUUGAAAUGCAAAUUACAUGUUUACAAA